GAAGAACGGGGAGGAGGCAGUGGAGUCCGGCCCGGGAGAACUUAGAGUCGGGGGCCAUGCGAGCCGGAGGAGAUUGAGAAAUACUCGUCCCCUGCACGUGAUAGAAGAGGAGGAAAAAGCCUUCUUCCUGCUCCCUAGAAUGUUCUCUUCUCUUUUCCCCUCUCCCCAGGCUGUUGGACCUGCCAGCCUGUGAAAGCCGAGGAUUCAGCCUCUGAGGGUUAGGGCAGCAGGAAGCCCCAUCCCUCCUGCUGUACAGGAAGGAAUGAAUAUCACAGCAGAUAGAGACUGCAGGGAGGUGAGCCGCCUGAACGACUCCGUGAAGUGUCUCUUUAUCCUGACCAACCCAGACUGCCAGAUCGAUGGUGGCUAUUUCGACUACCUCCGUGCCAUCUUCUGCCUCUUCCCCCAGAACCUUCUGCCCUUGGCAGUCACCCUCUAUGUGUUCUGGGUCCUCUAUCUCUUUCUGAUCCUUGCAGUAACAGCUGAGAAGUUUUUCUGCCCCAACUUGUCAGCGAUCUCUACCACCUUGAAGCUUAGCCACAAUGUGGCUGGCGUCACCUUCUUGGCCUUCGGCAAUGGUGCCCCCGAUGUCUUCAGUGCAAUAAUAGCAUUCUCCAAUUCCCGGACAGCUAGCCUGGCUAUUGGGGCUCUCUUUGGCGCUGGUGUGCUGGUCACCACUGUAGUGGCUGGUGGUAUUGCCAUCAUCCGGCCCUUCACAGCAGCCUCCAGGCCCUUCUUCAGAGACAUCAUCUUCUACAUGGUGUCUGUUUUCCUGACCUUCACUGUGCUCUACAGAGGCAGAAUCACCCUGGCUUGGAGCCUAGGUUACCUGGGCUUCUACGUCUUCUAUGUGUCUACUGUUCUCCUCUGCACCUGGCUCUAUAAGCGGCUGAAUGUGGCAGCGGUCACCCCCUCCCUUCUUGAUUUCCCAGAGUUGCAGGUGGAUUCUGAGGACGGAAACUCUUCCGUGUUCAACAGCUAUGAUUAUGGGGAAGAGUACAGACCCCCUCUCUACUAUGAGGAGACCACCCUGCGCAUCCUGAUUCGGGCCCUCAACCCCCUGGACUACCACAAGUGGAAGCGGAAACCUUGGCACUGGAAGCUCCUGAAGAUCCUCAAGAUGCCGGUGGAGUUUCUGCUGCUGCUCACUGUGCCCACUGUGGACCUGGACAAGAAUGAUCAGAACUGGAAACGGCCCCUCAACUGCCUUCAUCUGUUCACGGGUCCUUUGGUCUGUGUCCUGACCCUGCACUCUGGAGUCUACGGCUUCUACGAGAUCAAGGGCCUCUUCCCCGUCUGGGGCAUCAUAGUGCUGCUGGGCACCUUAUUUGCCUCCAUUACCUUCUUCGCUACCUCCAAUGACCAGCCUCCUCGGUUUCACCAGAUCUUUGCAUUCCUGGGCUUCUUUGUCAGUGCCCUUUGGAUCAAUGUGGCGGCCACUGAAGUGGUGAACAUCCUGCACACACUGGGCAUCAUCUUCCAUAUCAGUGACACUGUCUUGGGGCUGACUCUGCUUGCCUGGGGGAACAGCAUUGGUGAUGUCUUCUCGGAUCUCACCCUGGCACGACAGGGGUACCCACGGAUGGCCUUCUCAGCUUGCUUUGGGGGCAUCAUCUUUAAUAUGCUCAUCGGUGUGGGCCUGGGCAGUGUGCUCGAGAUCUCCAGAAACCACAUGGAAGUGAAGCUGGAGUCAAAUGAACUGCUGACCUGGGUCUUGGCCGGAGCCCUGGGGCUCAGUUUGCUGUUUACCUUCAUCUCGGUCCCUGUCCAAUGCUUCCAACUGAGCAGAGUCUACGGGUUCUGCCUUAUCUUCUUCUACCUGAAUUUCCUCGUUGUGGCGCUCCUCACCGAGUUUGGGGUGAUUCACCUGUGAGCUAGGGGAAGGACACUAGCCAGCUGGUGAAAGGGCGCUCCUCCCUCCUGUGAGGGGAGCGGGAGGCAGAAGUGCAGGUGAGUGAGCCCCCCAUGGUGGUUUCUAGUGCUUCUCUCCACCCAAGGGAGAAGCAGGGAUGGAACUCUGUUUUCUGAAGCCAGAAACCCCAUGGGAUGAAGAACAGGACCUGGGACCGAAGGGGUUGGUGGCUAGCCAGGGGCUUGGCUGCUCGAGGAAACUGGGAGCAGCUCCCCUGGGCAGGGUGCCCCAGCCUGAAGAAAAGGAAACAGUCCUGCCCGGCUCUCCUCGUCAUUGUUAAAACAUCAUCUGAUUCUUCAGCCUGUAAGGAAUCCAGACGUCCGCCGCCCUGGGACACCCCACUCUUGGGUUCAGGCUUGUCUGUGGACAAGAAGUUCCCGCAGUUGACGUGAGGCCUGAAGACCUGUUGUAAUUAAAAGGGCUUCAGUGUCCCUGUGGACA